GUGCAUUGAAUAUCGCGGGUAUUAACUAAACUGGUCUAAACGAGCCUCACCUAUCUGCCCGUUUUGCCCCGAAACAGAGCCACAGCACCUCCGCAAACAGCGUUGCCAAGCUUAAUGAAUACAGGACACAGGAGAGAAAAUAGACGGAAGCGUUCGUAGGUUUAGCCUGAAGGCGGCGCGGCGAAGCCAGAAAAAUUAGCCCUGACGCUUCACGUUGUGCCAGAACACAAAAAGCCGGGUGAAAAAAUAGAAGAUAAUUCACGUACGCCAGCAGCUAUAAGUUCUUUUGCUAUUUUGUUUGAAGCUGGCUGGGUGGAGGCAAGAGCAGGUGGAAGUAUGAUAGGCUAACACAGAUGUGCAGAAGAAUGGUUGCUCGGAAUCGGUUUAUUUUACUGCUGGUUGUGGCAGCCCUCUUGGCUAUCCUCAGCCUCAGUCUUCAGUUCUUGAAUUUGAUCCCAACGACGCCGUUGAGAGAAGAGCGACAACAUGCAAAAAGCAGGAAGAGGAUCCUUCCCGUCCCCUUCACAGAGCCUCCUGUCUCUGAUCCCAUUUAUGAAGCCUAUGCCUACUGCAAUAUCCCCAACAGAACCGAGAAUGGGUGGGAAGGUCACAGCCCCCCAGACUACAAACUGCUGUCAGUGCAAGUCCUGAUCCGCCAUGGGGACCGAUACCCACUGUAUGCCAUUCCUAAAACCAAGAGGCCAGCUAUUGACUGUAUGUUGAUACCAAGCAGGAAACCUUCCCACCCUCAGCUGCCUGCCUUUGUCAGUCACAUGUCCAGAGCAGUGAAGAGCCGCUGGGACAGUGUGAUGAGUGCUCUCCCCAGGCUGCCCAGCCAUGCUGUCUGUGAGAUGGGAGAACUCACACAAACAGGAGUUGUACAACAUCUCCACAAUGGUCAGUUCCUGCGUAGUACCUAUAUAAAAAAAAACAAACUUUUGCCCAGCAACUGGGCCAGCAAGCACCUGUACAUAGAAUCCACCGGCAAGAGCCGUACCCUUCAGAGCGGCCUGGCCCUUCUGUAUGGCCUGCUUCCCGAUUUUGAUUGGCAGAGGGUCAACAUCAGGCACCAGUGGAGCACCAUCUUCUGCUCCAGUAGCUGUGACUGUCCAAUGAGGAACCACUACCUCGACGAAGAACAGAGGAGGCAGUUCAGUCUGAGGGUGAAGAACAACCUCCUGGAGCAGACGUACGUGGAAAUGGCCAAGAUAGUGGGCGUCCCCACAAGGCAGCUGAGAGCAGCCAACCCCAUUGACUCUCUCUUGUGCCACUUCUGUCACAACAUCACCUUUCCUUGCACUCACAAUGGCUGCAUCAGCCUGGAACACUUCAUGGUCAUUAAGGGUCAUCAGCUGGACGAUGAGAAGGAAAGGCAUGAGAAGAAACUGUAUUACAAAUACUCCAUUCUGGCCGUCCACCCUUUCCUGAACCAGACAGUCUCGCGCAUGCAGAGAAUCGCUGAGGGACACAAAGAGGAACUCUUCGCUCUUUUCUCUGCCCACGAUGUCACAGUGGCACCUUUGCUCAGCGCAUUAGGGCUGUCUGAAGCCAGGUUUCCCAGGUUUGCUGCCCGCAUGGUUUUUGAGCUGUGGAGAAGCCCCAAGGGCAGAAAAAAUCUGUAUGUCCGUAUUCUGUACAAUGGACAGGAUGUGACCUUUCUGACUUCCUUUUGCCAGAAACACAACACGCUUUCCAAUGAGCCACUCUGCCCUUUCCAAAACUUUCUUAAUUUUGUAAAGAGGGACAUGUUUGCCAUUUUUAACAGCACUAAUUACUAUGAUGCUUGCCACAGGCGAGUAUUUUAAAAGGGAUACGUUGUGUGACACCAGGCUAUAUGGUACAAUCAACUGUAUAUUGCUGUAAAUCGUAUUUAUUAACACAAAAUGUAUUUGUGGUUUCUUUUUAAUUGACCUAUUUGCUAGUUUGUCACUUUACCAGCAUAUGCAGAAUUGAACUGAUACCUUACAGAAAAGCCAUAAUACAGCAUUACUAGAGUACCUUCAUGUAUUUGGAAUAUUAAGCAAUAGGGAGUUAUGAUAGGUCUUCAAAUGCCAUUACAAUGUUUAUUUUAGGCUUCUGUUUUCAUCAGAAAAUAUAAUGAUGGUGCUUAAGAACAAUUAUGUUAUAAAAUAAUUUCUGGUCUUCUGUAAAAUCAAAUCUGUUCUGUUGGUGGAUUAUAAAAUCUUUCAGCAGUGCUGAAUGUUUUUAUUCUGCACAGUAGAUGGAGCUAAACCUCUUCUUCCUACCUGAAGAAAACUUGAAAACAAUUUAUAGCUGGAGUGGUUUCUCAUCAUUGCCAUCCAUUAGCACACAGUUCAAAAACACCAUGGUGUAGAUUAUGUGGGCAUAUACUGUACACAAGAAGAAUUGAAGACUGAGUGGUUUACAAUUUUCAGUAUAUCUAUAUGCUGCUCAUUGUCACCAUUGCAAGUUGAUGACUUUUUUCAUAAAUGGAUGUGCUGUUGAAGAUUUGCAACGAGACACCAAGCAGAAUCUGACACAUUGUCACAGUGCUUCACUUCAUGUGAUGUCUGUUUUAAGCUGUAGUUAUGUAUACAUUUGGGUAUUUUAGGAAAAAUGUCUAGUUGUAAAACAUUGUAUUUUAUUUAAUUUGUUUCAUCACAAACCAGAAACUGACAUUUUGUUUUAUUAAUUUUUAAGGUGGGUGUCAACAAUUUUGUAAAUGACUUUGAUGUAUAAAAAUCUGUAUUUUUUGAAAAUACAUUUUAAGGGACAUUUCUGAAUAAAAUGCAAUUAAUAAAUAAUUUAGUGCAUUGUCUUUCAGGACAUACAAUAAGUUCUAUUUUUAAUUUAUUCUUAUCACUUUUUUAAGCCAUUCUUUUUUGUGGUUAAGUUAAGUUAAUAUCUUGUUUUUAUUAUAAUUACCUGUAUUAUUCUGGAAUAUUAAUUGCAUUUCUAUUUCAUUAAACAGUAAUUUGAUGCAUUUCACAAAUUAAGAAUACAAGUAUUGUAGUUUUAAUUUAGGUAUAUAGUAUUUGGAGAUGCUGGGUAUUUUAUACAUUUAAAAUGCAAAUAAAAUGAGCAAAAUUUACCAUCAAAUAGCAAAUGUGUGAUAUACUGUACAUACAGUAAAAUAUUUAGCAAUUUUUUUUCUGAUUUUUGUUGGUUUCAGUAAUCUGUUUGUACUUGUUUGUGUAUAGCAGAACGCAGAAUUAAAUGUGUG